AUGUGUAUGAUGCACGAUCUUGCCCAAUCGGUUAUGAAAGAGGAAUGUUAUACGAUGAAGGCUAAUAGCUCAAGUGAUGGUUUAGAACGAGAAAUCCAUCGUCAUGUAACAAUUGAUAAGUUCAACGAACCAUAUUUUUGUUCUCUUAAGGAAAUUAGAGGAUCGCAUUCAAUAAUGGUCGUCAACUGCGGAGAUUAUGAUGGAAUUGUCGCUAGGGAGAUUUUGAAUGUCUUGAAGGAACUUCUGCCUUUACGUGUCCUUGAAGUAAGAUGGUAUGUGCACAAUCAAGAUUUGAGUUAUGUGAGUCGUCUAAAACAUCUCAGAUACUUGGACAUUUCCAAGAGUAAGAUAACAACAUUGCAUGACAAUAUUUGCGAACUCUUCAACUUACAGACUCUGAAACUCAAUUCUUGUUCUAUGCUUGAGAGUUUGCCUAGAAAUAUGAGGAACCUUGUUAACCUGAGGCAUCUUUAUUUGGAGGAUUGUGAUGGAAUAAAAUAUAUGCAUAGAGGAAUGGGGCAAAUGAAACAUCUCAAGACGCUAAGCUUGUUUGUGAUAGGCAAGAAGGAUAGAUACGGUCAACUAGAUGAAAUAAAAGAAUUGGAUAUCGGCGGAUCAUUGACAAUUAAGAACCUUGGAAGAGUUAGUGAUGCAUUUAUUGCAAGAACCUUGGAAGAAGGUUUCAACUGCGAGGUUGAAGACAUUGAAAAUGAACGUUUACAAAGGUGUGAAUCCCCUAAAUGGGUGGGAAAGUCAUCUCCUUCUGUACUAUUCCCUUUGUUAGAGAGAUUAACUGUUUCUUUCAUGAUGAAUUUGAGGGAAUUGGUGUCUCCUACUACUAUUCCUAGUACCGGAGCAUUCCUAGAUCUAUGCUCGCUGAGGAUAUCUUAUUGCCCAAAGUUAGGGGCCUUGCUAGUACCGCAUCUCAAAUCACUCAAAUAUGUAAGUGUUUACGAUGAAUGUUCAGAUGAGUUGUUAUAUAGCAUCUCAAAUCUUAGUACUCUCACUCAUCUCUAUCUUUAUGGAUUGAAUGAAAGAAGUGUUUUAUUUCCAUUGUCAAUAUUUGCGGACAAUAAUGAAGCACAAUUAGGAGGAGUACGCUCAACUUUCCAAUCUCUGUCUCUUGAGAACUGCGAGAAUUUAAGGCGUUUGUUUGACGAGGGAAUGAUAAUGGAAGAAGAGACUCAUCAUGAUCAUCAUUUUCAAGCUGGACAAACAGAAAGAACAAGAGGUCUCAUCAACUCUCUCACGAAAUUGGAAAUAGUUGACUGUCCGGAGUUGAUGAUAUCAGUUGAGGAAUUUGGAAACCUCAAUUCACUACAGAGAUUGACUAUCCAAGAUUGUCCUAAGUUGGUGUCUUCAGAAGAAGAAGCGGACGAUUUUAAGGCACUCCUACGUUCCCUUCGAACCAGACUUGGUCGUAAGAAAUUCAGAGUAGAUAUUGAAUUGGAAAAGGCGCUACUGCAGAAUCCGCGGCGACCGUUGGCUUUCUCGAGCAUCCCGACCAUUCUUCCGGUCCCUUUCUUCCUGCCGAGCAUCCCGACGAUCGCCAAGCCACAGCCGGACGAUCUCCAAGCACCAGCCGGACGUUCUUCGUUUCUCGUUCUCGUUCGAAUCAUUCAGAGACCUGAGUUUAGGGUUGGGGUUUGGGCGUGGGGUUUGGCUGCGAAAACAGUUUUCGAAUCUGAUCUUAACAUCACACUUAUCCCAUUGAGUGUCCAGCGUAAGCUCAGUGAAUUCCCCGUGAUUCUAGGAAGGCUUCGUAUCAACAAGAAGACGCCCGAAGCUUUUCUAGCUAAACGAUUACUGUCUCGUCUAUACAAGCUGCAACAAAAGAAACACAGAUAUCAACAUGUGGGCAUGUUUUUAGGUGAAAUAUUAGGUGCAGUAGUAAUGGCUGGCGACCGGUCUCAAAUUUAUAGAGAAGUCUGUUGUAGGAAUGGCAAUGGGAUUAGAAUCUGAAGAUGGGCAGACAAUUAUUACUGAUGCUAAUAUGGGAAAAAUGGUUAGAAUUUUGGAAAAUGUGGAUUCAAUUGCAUGCUAUGAUCAUUUUGUGGCUCGGCUAGCCGACAGACAACAAUCGGCAGUUGUUGGAAGUCUUGAGGAACAGAAACAAACUUGGAGCAAACCACCCAAGUGAACCUACAAUCGGUUAGACAAAGUUGUGAACCUACAAUCGGUUAGACAAAGUUUCAACUUAGCAAAUUUGUUGGAAUUUUGUAUGCUUAUUUUAGUUUGUUAUUCAGUGGAUUAUUAUAUUCUGUCUCAUGAAAUUAGUUUGUAUUAAUUAUGAUACUAAAUCUAAGUUUCAUUUUUAGCUAAUUAUUAACAAGUAACUUGAAUCUUAAACUUAG